AUGAUCAUCUUUGCUGUUCAUCAAAGCAAUGCAGCUGCAACUGAUCGCAAACCACUUCUUGAUGAUACAAAACAGUCAUCGCCAUUGGUUGAAAAGCUUCGUGCUCGACGAGCUGCUAUUGCUGCUGCAAGUGUUGACGGAUUCGAUGAAUUUGGCAGCGAGAAUAUCCAAUGUGGUAAUGGUGUUGUCACAAUCACUGAUGGUAACAUCUCAUGCGCCGGCAAAUAA